GCUGCCAGUCAAAAACCCAAAAUAUGAGCAAUUACGCUGAGCCAUUUGUGACUACAUACUACUUUGGAGGAACUGCUCUAUACCUUGCAAGGCCAGUAUUGCAACUAACCCUAAAGAGCCUUUUAAGUGCAGCUGUCAUAUCAACCCUGGAGUAAAAUCAAACCGCUGCCCUGCACAGCGUGGACUUGCUCAGAUUAGUGUAACUGUGAUGAAGGUGACAGGUCUAUGGGGAAGUUACACAUCACAGACCAAUGAGUAGGUAAAGGUCCUGAGAAAUCAUAAGGUCUUGCUAGGGAAAACAUCAUUGAUUUGGAACCAAAACUCACCAACCUGGAGCCAGAAGUUUGAUCUCAGCAGCAAACUAAAAGCUGGAGUAAAAAGUGACUUCUGUAGACUUAACCAUGGUUUGCUGUACUACAAGACAGAUAUAACUUGUGGUCUUAGUUUAGCUGGCUCCUCAUGCACAGAGUAUGUCCCCUUCCAUCUAGAGAAGUUAUACAUGUCACAACACGCCCAGCUUUUUCUUUCUGAUUAUCAGAUCUUUGAUGUGUUCUGUGGGUUUUCGCUAUACUCUUCGCAUGCUUUGCAAUUACUUGCAUGCAGAUUUUUGUGGUUAAUAAAUGAAUUAUAAAAGAGCAAGUUAACUUAUUCUUCAAAGUGAUUCAUGUCAUUUUUGGUCAUUAGGGUGCCAAACUGUGAAAAGUGUGUAGGAGGUCAAAUGCCACAAGAGGAACAAUGUGACUAACAGCAAGACUGAGGCACAUUAACAUUUAGUAAAGUUUUGAUUUGACUAGUUUAGUUCUACGGUCAAGGUCUAUGACUACAUGCAGCUGUUUUAACAAUGCACAGGUCAACGUUUAAAUGAAUGCUCAAAUGUUUCACAUGUCUAGAGUGCUUCACCACAGAGUAUAUUCAGCACUGCAGUGGCCAUUUAAGACCACGUAAUUUCUCUGAACUGAAAAGCGUACCCUCACCCAGCCCUCAAUGAGUGUAUUUUUUUUAUUGGUAGCACAUAACGGUAAAGCCCACCCACAAGUUAAGGUUUAUUUCCUACAUAUAGCCCCUUUCACACAUCACUCACAAAUGCCUGCUGGGUAAAACAGAGUAGCUCAAGGAAAGAAGAGCAUCCAUACACCUUAGCUGAAUCCAUUUUGCAGGAAUGUGGGCCGGGCUUGUUAUUUAUCUCUUUCUGCCCAUCGUGCAGUCAUGCACUAAAGGUAAACCGAAUGAAUGUGCAGAAGCAAACUUCGCCCCCGGGUCCAACCUGGCCGGAGAAGGAUACGAUGUGACCAAGAUGCAGCGCAAGGGAGCCUUUGUCAUUGACAUGGAUGUCUGGAGGCAAAAUGAUAAAUCAUGCUCUCUUUGCAAGAACCCCUACAUGGAAGGAGCUAAUCAAAAGCUUCCUACAUCUGUGGUAGACUGGAGAGCCAGCAAGAAGUGCAGCAUUCAAGUAUCAAGUUCCCUGUACCAAUCCAGUGAGGAACUGGUCAGCUCCAGCACUUCUUCCAUUGAGAACAACUGGGGUACAAAUUUGGAUAUAGAAACUGACCACAAUACAGGGGGGAAAUUCAUUUUGGCUGGAACUAAAUCGAAGCUUGCCGAGUACUCAAUGGAGAAGACCAAAAAAGACAAGUACAAUUUUGCCAGUCAAAGUGUUUCCUGUUCAUUUUACAGCUACAGGGUCUCCAACAUGCCUGUUCUCCAUCCUGAGUUCAAGCGCUCUGUGAAGGAGCUUCCUAAGAUAUACAAUCUUAAUUUCAAAAACCGUUUUUACAAGUUCAUUAACACCUAUGGAACCCAUUACAUCACUAAGGUAACUCUUGGUGGGAGUGUACACUCUGUGACCAGUAUCAGACAGUGUGAGACCGCUCUUCAGGGCUUAAGUACUGAUGAAGUGAAGACAUGUUUGGAUGUGGAGGCAAGUGCCAGCGUUCUUGGCAAAGUAGAUAUGAAAUCAGAAACUAAGCACUGUAAUGAAGACAAGGACAAAACAGAGAGCAAAAGCAGCUUCUCCAGCCGCUUCAAUGACAGGCUGACCGAGGUGACCGGAGGUCACACUACAGAACCUGAGCUCUUAUUCUCGGGAGGAAAAGACCCAUCAGCUUACAAAGAAUGGCUCGAGUCUCUACCACAAAACCCAGACAUGCUUUCUUACUCUCUGGAGUCCCUGCAUGAGCUGAUCUCCGAAAAAGAUCCAGUACGCAAACACUUGCGCCAAGCCAUCCGUGACUACAUCCUGGAAAAUUCCCUCUUGAAGAACUGCACCGACUCCUGCAAAGACGGCGUCAAAACCAACCCAAAUGACCCAUGCGUCUGCACUUGUCACAACAAUCCUGGGAUCACAUCAGACUGCUGCCCGUCUAAGCGUGGACUUUCUCGGGUAACGGUCACGAUCGUGAGGGCUCAAGACCUGUGGGGUGACACGACCACAGGGACCGAUGGGUACGUUAAAGUGUUCGACAAAAGUAACAUUCAGGUUGGCCGCACUGAUAUGAUCCUAAAUAACAACUCACCCCACUGGGGGAGAACCUUUGAUUUGGGUGAUGUUGUCCUGGCAGAGAAUGACAAGAUCAAAUUCGAGGUGUGGGAUGAAGAUAGUAAAUGGAACGACGAUUUGCUGGGAACCUGUGAAGUACCCAUAAAAGCAGGUCAGAAUGACAAUUUCUGCACUUUAAAUCACGGUCUGCUGUUCUACAAAACAGAAGUGACGUGUGCCCCAAGUUUGUCUGGUCCCUAUUGCGCAAACUAUGUCGGUUCACCCAUGAACUUUCACCUGGAGAAGACAUACGUAUCUCGAAAUGCACGACCUGUGCCAGCAGAAAUACUGAUGAGCAAGGGAGUACUUCUGGAUAAACUUUACGUAUAUCAAAAGACAAAUUACAAUGCUAAAACUAUUCUGUAGCAAGUUUUGGCUUCAGAUCUUAUUAUGCGGCUAUUCGCAAUAUACCUUUAUUCUCGCUUUUAUUUAUCACUAUUAGAAAAACAUAUUUAAUAUAACUCUUUAAUAUUUCUCAAAUUCGGAAACGAUGUGUAAUACAUAUUAUGCUUGCAUAUAUCUUUAUUGCAGUUGCAAUUUUUCGAAACAUCGUAUACAUUGUAACUACUGCGUUAUGCUCUUUCAUUCUACACAUCAUUUAAUUGAAAUUAAUAUUAUUUUAAGUAGCAUCAUUUCAUAGUCUUCACAAGUAAUUUUAUGAGUCACUAUGGCACUUCAUUUUAUUGUGUGUAAAAACAAUCUAUAACUAAUAAUGCAUUGCUUUGCGUUAUUAAAAGUUCAAAAG